AUGAAGCUCAUCACUUCCCUCAUUGCGGCGGCUUUUCUUGCAAACAAUGUCGUUGCUCAUCCAGGGCAUGAUAUCCGAGCAGAGAUGGUUGAACGAGCCGCCUUUAUGCAAACCAGCAAGCGUGAUCUCAGCCACUGCGCUGCAAAGAUGAAGGCUCGUGGCAUGGACACGAGGAGCAUUGCUCGGCGUGCCUCCAUGGCAAAGACUGCACGCAAGAAGAGGAGCAUUCCUGCUAAUGCACCUUUCCUCAAGGCUCGUGAUUUCGACACAGUCCUGAACACCACUCACUUGUCAUCCGAGAGUUACACCAGCGCAACCGACGAGGCAAUCCUCUUCGCCGGCAACAAUUCUUGCGUUUUGAGCCCUGAAGUGACCCAAGGUCCUUACUACGUCUCCGGCGAAUACGUCCGCGACAACGUCACCGAAGGUCAAGAAGGCGUGGAGCUUAUCCUUGAUACCCAAGUCAUCGACAUGGAGACCUGCGACCCAGUGCCUAACGCAAUGAUCGAAAUCUGGCACUGUAACUCCACAGGAGUCUACUCUGGCAUCAUUGCAUCCGGGAAUGGCGACUCAUCCGACGCAACGAACAUCAACAACACCUUCCUUCGCGGUUUGCAGCCCACUGAUGCGGACGGUGUGGCGAAAUUCGCGACCCUGUUCCCAGGUCACUACACUGGUAGAGCAACGCAUAUCCACGUCCUGACUCACUUCAACGGCACCACCUAUGCGAAUGGUACUUAUGGAGGUGGCUACGUCAGCCAUGUGGGCCAGCUGUUCUUUGAUCAAGACUUGAUUACGCAAGUUGAAGCUACUUCUCCAUACAGCACCAACACCCAGACCGCAACAGAAAAUGCGGAUGACUCGAUAUUCUCCGAGGAAGCUGCAAGCUCCGACCCAGUUGUAGAAUACUCGCUUCUUGGUGACGAUGUUAGCAGUGGUAUUUUUGGAUGGGUUGCUUUUGGUAUUGAUUUGACGAAUGAGUUUACAGUUACUCCUGCUGCCAGUUUGUAUGCUGAGGGCGGUGUCGAGGAUUCUUCAUCAGGCAGCGGAGGACCCGGCGGGAAUAGCACUGGUGGUGGGGCUAUGCCAAGUGGUGUGCCGCCUUCUUAG